CUGAAUAAGUGAUCGUACUUUAUUAGUUGGAUUGAUGCUUUUAAUUUGUAGGCACCAUCAAAAGAGGAAGUCAUCAGAGAGCAGAGAAGCCAAAAGGUUCAAACUCAAUGUGACUGAAUGUGUUGUUAAGAUCUUAAUGCGGAUAUAAGGUGUGUUUUGAAUGUUUGUGUUGUAUUUAAGUCUCAUUUUGGGAUACUAUGUCACAAGAUUAACUGCCACAAAUGUCAUCAGAUUACAUAAAAUGCAAUUCAGUAGAUUGCAUUUUAAAAGCAACUUUGUAAAACGUAAAAAAAAAAAAAAAAAAACAAUCAGGCCACCCUCACUGCCUUCACAGUGGAAGGCACGUUUUGUUGAAAACUACUUUUGUGUGUUUUGAUACUUGUGGAAACAUCUGAUGAGCAGGUAGAAGCCGUUUUUAAGCCAACGCGGUCAUUCUCACUGCGGAGCGUGCCAUUCAGCCGCACCAAAACAACGAGUGCAGCGGUUCAUUCAUAUCUGCUGGAAAUCUCACAAACUUGCCUUUCAUCCGGCCGAGCAAGGCGGAAGCUGGUGGAAGAAAGGCUCUAAAAACGAGACAAAACUGCAGGAAAAAGGCACCGAGCACGGAGCGGCAGAAGGCAGCGGCGGCGGCGGCAGCUCGGCUCAGCCUGUGCUCCUGUCUCUUUUCUCUGGCCUCUGUUCCUUUAAUAAACUCAUGGUUAUCUAGUGUAACAAAUGUCUCGCUGCCAUCAUCAAGUCCAGGCGAGGAGGGAGGAGUUUUUAAUGUUCAGUUUGUUCUAUGGAUCGAUGUCUGCUGGCAUCGCCUCUCCCCUCGCCUGCACCGUGCGUAAUAUACUGUACCAUUACCUUUUUACGCGCAUUCCCUGCACAUUUUUAUCCGCCGAAAAACUGCCCGCGGGACUGACUGACACCCGUCGAUCAACGUAUGUGGCACUGAUGGACAAAAACGGAUGGUGAAAGGAGACGAUUCGCACCCCGUAGGAGGAAGAAGAAGAAGAAGAAGGUGAAAGAACAAGCCCGGGUUAACAUCUGUUUCCCCACCUCACUGAAAACGAUUCCUAACUGGAUUUUUUACAUAGUGAGAGAGACCGAAGUACUCGGGAGAGCCAAAAUAUAGACUCGCGCACACACACACACACACACACACACACACACACACACACACACACACACACUCCCUCUCGCUCCCUCUCUCUCUCUAUGCAUGGACUAUCGUAGACCGCAUUCAGAUUUCACCUGGGCACAGUAGUGAACUGCGACUCCAAAAGAGAAAAAAAAAUGCCACGGAGGAAACAGCAGGCACCCAAACGGGCUGCGGUGUACAUGCCAGAUGAAGACCCGGCUCUUCAGGAUUCGAUUGCCGAAGAAGACGGAGAGAACGACACUCAAACUGAAGAGGAAUGCUCAGAGAAGACCAGUCCGAAAGUGUGCGAGGACAGGGAGUUAGACAACAAGAGCACUAACACUUAUAGCAACCAGAACUCUCCCAUUAGUGUCCUUUCCAAUCAAGAGGCAGAGUUGGAGUCACGCCUUAGCGACAGCAGUGACAGACUCUCAGACUUCAAAAUCUCAUCGCCACCUGAGAGUCAGAGGGAUGAAGAAAGUCGCACCUCCAAACAGAAGGAGGAGAUGGGCGGCAGCUUGGAGAAAAUGAGGGCAGCCUAUGCAAACUUUCUCUCAGAUUCCUACUGGACGGGAAUCGGGAUGGACUUGAAAAUGGGCAAAAACACCAGCAAAGCCAACUGUGACAGCACCAAUGGAAGCACCAAGAGUGAGUUUGACUGGCACCAGGAUGCACUCUCUAAGACCUUGCAGCAGACACUCUCUCCAAAGCCUGCAUCCAAACCCAACCUCUUUAGCUCUGUCCACUUGUAUAGGCAAACCACCAAACCCUGUGGCUCAGUGUUCACGGGAGCUAGCCGAUUCCGCUGUAAGGAUUGUAGCGCUGCUUAUGACACUCUUGUGGAGCUGACAGUCCACAUGAACAAGAGUGGACACUACCAAGACAACAACCACAGCAAACAGAGCAAUUCUUCCGCCUCCUCUUCUAAAUCCAGGAAACGAAAUCUGCAAGAUAUGGAAGGGAAAGAGGAUGCACAGAAGGUUUUGAAGUGCAUGUUCUGUGGCCAUUCUUUUGACUCACUCCAGGAUUUGAGUGUCCAUAUGAUUAAAACUAAACAUUACCAAAAAGUGCCUUUAAAAGAGCCAAUCCCAGUAAUCACACCCAAAUUAUUGCCACCAGCAAAGAAACGGGCCUUUGAAACGACAAGACCCUGCUCCCCUGACUCUACGACCGGUCUGUCGGGCUACACUGAGGCACAACGGGCUGCUGCCAUUUCAAAUGCUAACAAUAAUCGCUAUGGAUAUCAGAAUGGGGCGAGUUACACCUGGCAGUUUGAGACGUGCAAGUCUCAGAUUCUCAAAUGCAUGGAGUGCGGAAGCUCCCACGACACCCUUCAGCAACUCACCACACACAUGAUGGUUACAGGACACUUCAUUAAAGUUACUAACUCAGCUUCUAAAAAGGGUAAACAGUUAGCCCUCGACCCCCUGGCCAUAGAGAAGAUCCAGGGUUUAGCUGAGCCUGCUGCCAGCGACACUGAGGGAGAAAAGGUGUCUCCAAAAAACACUUCCCCUGGGAGCAGUGAGAAGGAUAGCCAGGGGGAAGGUACAUCAGACAAAAUGGAAGAAACUGAAACUAGGGAUGACAAGCAAGAGAGCGAGGAUCAAAAGACAGGCAAUGGGGCUUUUAAGUACCCUUAUCUCCGUGAGGAGGAUCUUGAACAAGACUCAGGUGGAGGAGGGGACAUUCUUAAAUCUUUAGCCAACACAGUGGCCUCUGCCAUCAAUAAAGCUCAAACAGGGACACCAAGCUGGAGUGCCUACCCGAGCAUUCAUGCUGCCUAUCAGCUCUCUGGCAUCAUCAAAAGCGCCCCUCUCUCUGCAUCUCCCCCUACUCAGCUAAAGCAGACAUUUAACCACAAGCUGAGGCCGAUUGCCCCAAAGGGUAAGUCAUACCAUGGUGCUGUGGGAGUUGAUACUCCCCAGGGACAGCAUCAAAAUGUGGACAUCAAAAAAGAAAAGGAUGGCAUUAGCGAUGGUAAAGAAAGUCAGAAUAUUAAGUUUGAUCUGGUGGAGAAUGAUGACAGCGAUUGUCAGGAUGAUUCCUCUUCCUCUUCAAAGCUUGAUGCAGACUGUGUGAAUGAAGGGAGUGAAGCGAUCAAAGGGAAGUUGAGCCCAGAUUUCUCUGACAGAGGCAAGACACCGAGCCCCACUGCCAGCAAUGGACGCAGCACUACUUCAGAGCCUCUCGGUGACACUCCGGAUAUACUUGGCAUAAACCCUCUUAGUGCACUGCAGUCAGUUCUGAACAAUCAUCUGGGAAAAGCAAAUAAGCCCAAUAACUCAAGAGUAGAUAAACUAUCUGCUCACACACAGUCUCUUUUUGCUGACAUUAACCGUAGCAGUGAGAAACCAGCUUUAAUGCUUGGAAACCCUAUAAGAAAUAGGCCUGAUAACCCCUUUCUCUUUGUUACCGAUGACCAGCCAAUAGACCUGACCAAAUCUAAACACAGCAAGAAUUCCUUACUGCUACAGUCCUCCACCCCAAUGCCACAGAAAUACGCUCUGUCUGACAUUGCUGAUAUGGUUAAAGUUCUUCCAAAAGCCACCACACCAAAACCCUCCAUUCCAUCAAGAAUUCCGACUAUGAAACUGGAAUCAGAUGUUAGGCGCUUUGAGGAUGUUUCUGCAGAGGUGUACUCCGUCCACAAGCGUAAGGGUAGGCAGUCAAACUGGAAUCCUCGCCAUCUUCUUAUCCUACAAGCUCAGUUUGCCUCCAGCCUCUUCCAGACCUCAGAGGGAAAGUACUUGCUGUCAGACCUUGGCCCUCAGGAACGGAUGCACAUCUCCAAGUUCACUGGAUUGUCCAUGACCACCAUAAGCCAUUGGUUAGCAAAUGUAAAAUACCAACUGAGGAAAACAGGAGGGACCAAAUUUCUGAAGAACAUGGACACAGGCCACCCAGUCUUCUACUGCAAUGACUGCGCUUCCCAGUUUAGGUCACCAGCCGGAUUCAUUUCCCAUCUGGAAUCCCAUCUCGGGUUCCAAAUCAAAGACAUGUGCAAAAUGCCCGUAGAGCACCAUACGAAGGUAGAGGAGCCAGAACUGUCGAAGGCCCUCAGUGUCAGAGCCACAGAGGCUCUAGUCGCGGAGGAGGACAUUGACUCAAAGUUCAAAUGUAAGCUCUGCUGUCGGACAUUUGCAAGUAAUCACGCAGUCAAACUCCAUUUGAGUAAAACUCACAGCAAAUCCCCAGACAACCAUUCACAAUAUGUGGAAAUGGACAAGGAGUAGUUUUUCAUAUUAUCAUCACUUUUUCCCUUUUUCUUCCUUUUUUAUUUUAAUACACGGGUCAAAUAUUUCAACCAUUUUUCAAUUAGCAUUGUGUAGUGUGUAUCAUUUUUUUUAAUAAAAAAAAUCAUGGCGUACAGCAAAGACACACUGGUUAGAGACUGUGUAAGGAAACACUAAGAGAUACUUUUGCACCCUGCUCAAAUGCAUCACCAGUAAUGAAUUGUAUUACUGCUUGAAGAAACAUAAUGCUGAUGUUUGCAUGCUAUAGCCCAGGCUAUGACUACUAUUUAUUUGUAUGAUAUGUCAAGUCUCACUUGUAUUUCAAAGGCAAAAUAAUGAACUAAUUGUACUUUAAAACCUCUGUGAUCCAGUACACCUGCACAGACAUGCAGCUGGUAUAACAGGUAGCCCGACACACGAUAACACACAUUCAGACCUGUACAGUGUAUUGCUAUGUAAAGCUGUUUUGUGUUGCAAUGAUAGAAGAGGAAAAAAAAAGCACUUUAAUAAAUGUUUAAUCACCAGUUUAGACUCGGAUUCUGUACAUGACUCAAAAAUAAUUAGACAGUUUGGAAAUAUUUCACAUGUAAAUAUAUUUUAGAAGAAAAAAAAACUGUGUGUUUCAUGCAACAAGAAUAACAGCAAGACAAAUGAUACCUGUGAUACCUGCACCUUUUUUACUUAUUCAAAUAAAGAGUUAACAUUUGA